CGCUCUCUCUUUCUCUGAGUUUUUAUUUUUUCUCUCUGAGAGAGACUUCUCGUAUUUUUUUUUGGCUUUCUCUUUAGGCUUUUUAAGAGCUUAGUCUUCUUUCAGAUUCAGCUUUCGUGCUCAUGAAAGCUUAUUAAGCUCUCUCUCUCUCUCUCUCCUCUUAGCCUUAAGCCCAGCAGAUGGAUUCAGUUCAAGUCAUUGACCGUGGGGAUUGCAUUGAGGAUGCAUUUGAUGAGCAAUCGCUUUCUCCAGAAAGCUCUGUUGCAUACGAUGUCUUUGGAGAACCCCAGGAAUUUCCUCGAAUGGGUGAUGAAUAUCAGGUUGAAAUUCCACUACUGAUUUCAGGAUCUGAGUAUCUCUGGCUUACAAAGAACCCAGCUGAAAGACCCCAUGAUUUUCUAGUGGGAUUGGCUGUACCUAUGAUGUGGAUCAGUGAUGAAGUUGAGUAUAUUAAAAAUGAAUCAAAGGAAGCAUUUGGUGGUUCAACUGAAGUAUUCAACAAAGACGAGUCUCGAGGAACUGAAUGCAUCAGAGAGACCCACAUUUUUUUGGAAGGUGACAAGUUAGAACCUAAAGCUGAGCCUACAAACAGUACAGUAGACAAUGGGAUUAACUUGAUAGAAUCAACGAAUGUGGCUAAGCAACAUGAAAUGAAGAUAGAAUUUCAUGAUAUGGGUAGAGGCAAAGACUACCGUCCAGUUCCUGGAUCCUUGGGUGACUUGUGGAGUGAUACAGAAGAGGCCAGUUUCAUCCUUGGUUUAUAUAUUUUUGGGAAGAACCUUGCUCUGGUGAAGAGAUUUAUUGGAAGUAAAAAGAUGGGAGAUAUACUGUCAUUCUAUUAUGGGAAAUUUUAUAGGUCUGAUAGAUACCAUAGAUGGGCAGAAUGCCGGAAACUAAGAAGCAGAAGAUGUAUAUAUGGACAACGAAUUUUUACAGGAUUAAGGCUACAGGAAUUUUUAUCUCGGUUGCUUUCCCGUGUGUCAGAGGAAUGCCAAAAUACUUUAAUGGAGGUUUCAAAGGCAUUUGGAGAGGGAAGGAUGUUACUAGAAGAAUAUGUAUUCACUUUAAAGGCUUCAGUUGGGUUGAAUGCUCUUGUCGAAGCAGUUGGAAUUGGUAAAGGGAAGCAGGAUCUCACAGGCAAUAUGGAGCCUUUGAAGUCCACUCAAGUUUUUCCUGUCCACCCAGAAAUACCAAUUGGCAAGGCUUGCUCCACACUUACAACCUUGGAAAUUGCCAACUUUCUUACAGGAGGCUUCCGGCUAAGCAAAACUCGAUCAAAUGAUCUCUUCUGGGAAGCAGUUUGGCCCCGUUUGCUUGCAAGAGGAUGGCACUCUGAGCAGCCCAAUAGUAAUGGUUGUGCCACUAGUUCCAAGCAUUCUUUGGUCUUUCUUAUCCCUGGUAUUAAGAAGUUUUCAAGAAGGAAACUAGUGAAGGGUAACGACUACUUUGAUUCUGUUAGUGAUGUCCUGAGUAAAGUUGCUUUGGACCCAGGGCUUCUUGAGCUUGAAAUUGGAGUAGAUAAUGACUAUAGAAGCAAAGAAGAAAAUGGCCGGACUGAUGAAACAAAACUGGACAAAGAAGAUUUCCCUGAUCAGCAGCGCCACUGUUAUCUCAAGCCACGAACUCCUAAUCGCAGCACAGAUGCCAUGACGUUUACUGUUGUGGAUACAAGUUUGGCUAAUGGAAAAGCAACCAAGGUGAGAGAACUGAGAAGCUUGCCAUCUGGAGUUAUGAACACUCUGGCCUCUGGAAGUGAUUCUGAAGAAGAUGAUGAGGAUGAUUCAGAGGAGCCAACAGAUAAAUCUGACUCUGCUGACACCUUGUACUCUGAUAGAGAUAAGCCCAGAGCCAUGAAUAAAAAUUUUGACCCAGGAACCUCUUUUAACGGGACAGGUUUAGAAAAUAAUGCUUCCAAUGAGGUGUUUCAGGUCAAUGGCCAUGAUCAUACUAAUUUACCUGCUAAUAUCUCCUGUGACCAGAAGACCAUUAUGUGCAGUGACACACAGCCAAGGAAAGGUAAAAAGUGCCAAUUGAGCCAGGGAAUGGGACCAGACAAAAAAGAUCAUUUACCUCCUAUUGCAAAACGACACCGGAAAUUAAAUGCUUUUGGUCGCUCAGAGACAAACCUCAGCAAACUCAACAACUUGGGAGGUGAUCCAUUAAACCCAGAGAAGGCCAGUGGUUUUGCAAAAAAUCCUGAUUUUAGUGAGAAAGUUGUUUCUAAAAUGGAUAUGUCUCAGGAGAAGAAAUUAUCAGCCAGCUUGUCUAAAGGCAGCAUAAGCAUCAGUAGCGAAGGCAUCCUAGGUGGUACCUGUUUUGCUGCUGAAGAUCAUCAUGAAGGACCUCAACCCAGGACGUUGAUUGACUUGAACUUACCUAUUCCUCCAGAUGUUGAGGCUGAUGAGCCUUUCAUGACAGAAACAAAAGAGAGAAAACAUGAUCAAAUGAGCAAUGAGCCAGAUAAUCCCAAUGAGGUGAAACCCUCAGAAUAUGUGGCCAAUUCUGAGCAGCAGCCUAACAUAAAUAACCGGAGACAGAGCACUAGGAGCCGACCACUGACCACUAAAGCACUGGAAGCUCUUGCUUUUGGAUAUCUAGACCCAAAGCAGAAGCGAAAAAGCAGAGAUGCCUCAUCACGAGAAACUUCAAUGUUAAGACCUUCUCGACGUGCUCGUGGUAAAGUGAGAGCUACCGAGAAUUUUGGUAAUAGUAUGGUGGAUUUCAAAGUUGAGGAAAUGGCAAAUGGGAUGUGUCAAAAUAAUAGUGACAUGUUGACCAAGCUUCAAGUUUGACUCAAAGGGCGAAGAUUCACAAUGUCUUGGGUUUCUGAAUUGUUAAGCUGCUGAUGUCAUGAGGGACAACAUGAGAAUGGACUUAACUGGCGUUUGUUGUUGUGCUUCUAUGCUCUGAAGAAUGCUUACCUCUCUCACCUGCAACCAUGACCCUUCAUUUCCUUCACUUAUCUAACUGGUUCAUCAUUUGCAGCUCCAGUUACCUAUUUCACAAAUGAAAUAUGUUGCAAAUUGACUUCCUAGACGUGGUUUGCAUUAGACAAGUCUGCUCUGAUCAGAGGUACUGAGAAUCAGGAAAACAAAACUAGAGUAGAAGAUACUUGUCAAUUCAACAUGUGAUAGAAUAGGGCUCCAUUUCUCUACUUCAAUUUGCAGUGGCUAUGCUUAGUUAUUAGUUGCUGCUCUAGUCUCCAUUCUCAACCUAAAUUACAUGUCGCUGUUUCACUGCUAAUUUAGCUUCUGCAUCUAUGCAAUACAGUAGUCCAUAGUGGUCCAAGCCGAUAAAACGAGUACAGGUGUUUUGUAUCAACAUUUGCUACGUCCAAAUGAGUUAUAAUUUCUGUUGUGUCCUGUUGGUUAAAAAGUUAACUGCAUGAAAUGGGAAGAGAACUUGAUUUAUUGCAA